CCACGCACAGUGUUGCCAACUUGGAUUUUGAAAAAGGCUCUCUUCUUUGACGAGUCUCAUAUUAGACUUAACAGAUAUAACCUAGAAAAAUGAAAUUUCUACAGUACCAGAUUCUGUGGGUGCUGUAGACAUAAUAAAAACGCACAGAAGAUUUGAAAUUAUCAUAGGUAAUACCAGUAUAAUAUACAAUGUCUAAUGAUAAAGGUACGCUUCCUACGUUUCCUAGUAUAAUGAUCCAUUAAAUUGUAAUAAGGAAAACAUAUGGAUAAGAAUUAUUUUGUGAUGUAAAAUGUUGAUGCAAGACCAACCAGACACAAAUAAGCUAUCAAAGAAGGAGCGUAGAAAGGCCAAGGUGGCAGAGAAGGGUACCAUUAAUAACACAGAUCAUAAUAAGAAAAAUACAGUUGAACCUAAUGCUAAAGCUGAUCAUGCUACAGAUCAAAUUCAAGUAAAGCAAGAAUCAGUGCCGCAGGAAAUUAAUGCUCCACCUGUUUCCACAGAUGCCCCUCAUGAAGGCCAAAAAUCAAAAGCGCAACUACGUGCGGAACGGCGUGAAAAGCAGGAACAGCAACGCCUGGCAAAACAAAAUAAUAAAGAAACAGUUGCCCCUAAACCAGUCAUGCCUAAAUCCACAAAAAAGUUGGAUGAUGUAAAACAAAAGUCAGUUGAUGUAAAACCCAAAACUUUGCGGAAGGUUGUAGAGAAAAUUGAUUCUGCCAAAAAGCGGCAUAGAGUUCAGUUAUUUAGUCAUUUGGAAAAAAGCGUAUUCAAGCCUUUAACAGUUCACCAGGCAAUUCAUCCAGCUAUUAUACAAUUAGGCGCCCAAUAUGCGGCAAAAACAAUCCUUGGUUCAGAUGCCCGAUGCUUAGCUUUAUUGUGUGCUUUAAAGCACCUUAUUAAUGAUUUUCAAACUCCUGUCAAUCAAGAACUGUGUAGAGCAUUUGAAGCCCACCUGCAUAGUAAUGUCGAACAUUUACAAUUGUGUCGCCCGUUUGCCGUUUCAAUGACAAACGCAUUACGCUAUUUCAAGCUGCACUUAGCGCAAAUCAAAACGUCCAUGACAGACUCUGAAAAGAAGGAUGAAAUGCAGACCACAAUUGAUUCCUAUGUAGAAGAUGAAAUCGACAAAGCUGUAGUGGCAAUCAGCGCGAAAGUUUGCGAAAAAAUCAAUGAUAACGACGUCAUUUUAACCUACGGCCAUUCGUCGCUAGUGAAUAAAAUUCUAAUUGAUGCAAAAGAAAAGGGCAGAAAUUUUAAAGUGAUUAUUGUUGACGCGAGACCACUACUCGAAGGCCGCCGAACUUUAACCAAGCUAACAAACGCGGGCAUAGAGUGCACGUAUAUUCUAAUCACAGCUAUCAACUUCAUCAUUAAGCAGGCUACGAAAGUCAUUUUCGGAGCACAUGCAUUAUUAAAUAACGGAUAUGUUAUGGCACGUGCUGGUACAGCUCUAGUUGCACUCAUUGCAAAAACGCAUAUGAAACCCGUAUUGGUCUGCUGCGAGACAUCAAAGUUUUCCGAACGUGCCCAAACCGACAGCUUUGUAUAUAAUGAGAUUGGUGAUCCCAAUGAGUUAAUGCCGAUUAAGGAUAAAUUCGGAUAUUUGAAUGCCUUGAACUUAAUGUAUGAUGUAACUCCACCCAAGUACGUCACUGGCGUUGCCACCGAAUUGGGCAUUUUGCCUUGUACUAGUGUCCCCGUUAUUCUACGUCUAAAGCCUACGGAAUAGGUAAUACAUUAAUGGAGAUAAGUAUUAAUAAAGACAUGUUUGUAUUGCUAAAACUUAAUCGUCCUCAUCAUCACUGGUUUCUUCUUCGGCUUCUUGGAGCCACUUGACGAACGGCACAACUUUUGAGUAAAUUGAUACAGAGUUGUCUAAAUUGCUGAACCAUGAACUAAUGACAUCUUCGCUCAAGAAAUCUUUGUCAUACAGCCAAUUCAACACUUUAACAAUACACGAACUUAGUUCGUUGUUGGCAAUUGCAACAUCCUACGAUUUUACGAAUAAAAAACUAAUUUUUCAAA